CAAGUACUAGACAUCUUACUCUUACCCAUGUGUGACCGUAUGACCAAAAGGUAUAUCUAAUAUCACCCAUUCGUUGCUGUCCCCACAGAGCACAAAUUUUCUUAUUCAUACAUUAAGCAUAUCGAUCCAUGUCCAACUCCAUCAAUCAAAUGCGUUCGUCUGUGUGUGUGCGUGUGCGUGUCAGUGUAUAUAUACGUAUGAAGCCUAGCAAAAGUGUCAACUAGUCCUAAACUAGCUCCUAGCACAAGUAGAAGAACUACCUCACUAGUCACUACCAGUAUCAACCACCACUUCCUCUUAUAUUCCUCACCCUCUCUCUCACUCUAUUCAAACAUCACCAUAGUUUAGCACUUGAGUUAUUAUAUCAACCACGAAUGUCCACAAGUUGAGAAGAAAAAAAAAGUAGCAAAAGAUGGAAGCUGUUAAGUUGGUGUCUAGUGAUCCAAGUGAGAGACCAGACACAUACCGAGUCGCUUACAUAAUUCAUUUCUUGCUUGGUGCUGGCAACUUGCUUCCUUGGAAUGCCUUGAUCACUGCAGUGGAUUACUUUGCCUACCUCUAUCCAACAAAACACAUAGAAAAGGUUUUCUCUGUGGCCUAUAUGAUUUCAUCAGUGAUGGUGCUUCUUGGGAUGAUCAGUUGGGGGGGUUGGAGCAAAACAACAUUGAGGCUGAGAAUGAACUUGGGGUUCUCCAUGUUCGUUAUGUCUCUUAUGGUAGCACCAGUCAUAGACUGGACCUCAAGCAGCACCAAGCUCAAUGAGAGACCGAGUGGCGCCUACAGCUUGACGGUUGCAGCAGUGGUGAUAUGUGGUUUAGCAGAUGGCUUGGUGGGUGGAAGCUUGAUAGGAUCAGCUGGAAAGCUCCCAAAACAGUAUAUGCAAGCAGUUUUUGCUGGAACUGCUUCUUCAGGUAUUAUAAUUUCGAUCUUGAGGAUAAUAACCAAGGCAUCACUCCCACAAACCCCAAAGGGACUCAAAAUAAGUGCUCACUUGUACUUCAUGGUUGCCACCAUUUUCCUCCUAUGUUGUAUUAUCUUUAGCAACUUGCAGCACAAGUUACCUGUUAUGCAGCAGUAUCAUCAGAGGCUUCAUCAGGAGAGCACCGUAUGCACAGGGACAAAAUUUUGGGCAGUGGCAGGAAAAAUCAAGGGGGCAGCGUUUGGAAUUUUCAUAAUCUACAUAGUGACUUUGUCUAUUUUCCCUGGAUUUAUAGCCGAAGAUCUUGAAUCCAAGAUUCUAAGGGAUUGGUAUCCUAUUUUACUGAUAACAGUUUAUAACUUAGCUGAUCUAAUGGGAAAGUCUUUAACUGCCUUCUAUGUUAUGCAAUCUAUGACAAGGGCAAUAUGGGCAGCCACAGCAAGACUACUAUUCUAUCCACUCUUUGUAGUGUGUCUUCAUGGACCAAAGUGGCUGAAAACAGAAGUACCAAUGGUGGUUCUGACUUUUCUGCUAGGAUUUAGCAAUGGUUAUCUUACUAGUGUCCUUAUGAUUUUAACACCCAAGUCAGUGCCCUUGUCAGAAUCUGAGUUAUCUGCUAUUGUCAUGACAGGGUUCCUUGGGUUUGGCUUAGUUGGUGGUUCAGUUCUUGGCUGGUUCUGGAUCUUAUGAAGGCAAGUUGUGUUGCAAUAAAAUGAGCAAAAAGGCAGUAGUAGCAUUCAUUGUAAAUCGUGAGGCAAGAAAGCCUUAGUAGUUACCUUGCCCCGACUAGGUUGUGUUUGUUUCUUUAUUUGUUCUCUGAUGUCGUGAGUGCCAUAUCUUAGCAUGCCAGAACAUGAGAAACGUGGAGGUUAUUAGGAAACUUGUAUGUAGGUUAGAAAUGUACUGUAAGAAUCCGUAAACUGAAUGGAAGUUAAGAUCUGCGUUAAUAGAAACAAUAUUUUCUUGCAACAAA